UCGUUCAAAUCGUUCAUUCUAUAAUCUUUAGUUCUGUCAAGUUGGUUAAGUUGGUUGUGGCGAACAGUACAGUACUAUUUAUUGAUUUUCACGUACUGACCAUGGAACCAAAUCCUGUAAUAAUUGCUGCUACAGCAAAACAGACAGCAUCGCUUAUAUUUUUACAUGGACUCGGAGACACGGGCCAUGGCUGGGCAAGUACGAUUGCUGCUAUCAGGGGACCUCACGUUAAGGUGAUUUGUCCGACCGCUUCUACGAUGCCAGUGACAUUAAAUGGGGGAUUUCGUAUGCCCUCUUGGUUUGAUUUGAAAACAUUAGAUGCUACAGCUGCCGAAGACGAGGAAGGCAUAUUAAGAGCAUCGGACCUUGUGCAUGGAUUGAUUGCUGAUGAAGUUAGAGCUGGUAUUCCUGCCAGUCGAAUUUUACUAGGUGGAUUUUCUCAAGGAGGGGCUUUGGCUCUACAUGCAGCACUGACAUAUCCUGAUUCUCUAGCCGGUGUUAUGUCGCUAUCCUGUUGGUUACCGAGACAUGCCUAUUUUCCUGAAGUUGUGAAAGCUCCAAGAGAUUUACCUAUUUUCCAAGCGCAUGGUGACUCUGAUCCAGUUGUUCCCUUCAAAUGGGGACAAAUGACAGCUUCGUUCUUGAAAACAUUUAUGAAGAACAUUGAAUUCAUGACUUACCAGGGUUUGACGCACAGCUCAUCAGAAUCAGAACUUAAGGAUAUGAAAGCAUUUGUAGAGAAAACUUUGCCUGCUAAUAAAACAAUAUUGUACAAAAUGAUUAUAUUAAAUUUUUUUCUAUAUGUUUGGAUUGGUUUACUGGGUGUUCCUCGUGAAGUUCUGGGUGAAAAUGAAUACAUGGAGUCAUUGCCAGCGAAUGUAAAAAAUAAAAUUAUGAGUGACGAAAUAAUUGACUGGAACGUUCCAAGGUCGAAAAGAGAUACUGUACAAAACACCGCAAGUUCUAGCGAGUCUAAUCUGACGGACCAUAUAACUAAUUCGACAACUUCAACGACGAGUUCUACUGAAGCUUCUAACAUUGUUUAUGAUGUAGGACCUUCAAAUUCUUCCAUAUUGGCCGUAGUACCUGUAAAUAUUUCAUCAUCUGCUACUCCUAAUGCGUCUGAUGUGAAUCCCUCUGAUGCAGCACCAUUACCUGGAAAAAGUUCAGCUGAAGAUGAACAUAACAGCUCAAUGGCUAUAUUCUUUGUACUUUGCAUAUUAGCUCUUGGCAUACUUUUAAUUCAUCUGAUGUUGCAAACAGGUUUUUCGUAUCUGCCUGAAAGUGUCGUUAUAGUAUUUCUAGGUGCAUUGAUUGGUAUGAUUAUUAACCUAAUGUCUAUAAAAAAUAUUGCUAAUUGGAGGAAGGAAGAAGCUUUUUCACCAACUGCAUUUUUUCUUGUUUUGCUACCCCCCAUCAUUUUUGAAUCCGGCUACAAUCUACAUAAAGGAAAUUUCUUCCAAAAUAUAGGUUCAAUCUUAUUGUUUGCUAUUGUUGGAACUGCUAUAUCUGCAUUUGUGAUUGGAGCUGGUAUUUACUUGUUGGGUUUGGCUCAAGUAGUUUAUAAGUUGAGUUUUGUUGAAUCAUUUGCGUUUGGUUCUCUUAUUUCUGCUGUAGACCCUGUAGCUACUGUAGCCAUAUUUCAUGCCCUGGAUGUUGAUCCAGUAUUGAACAUGUUAGUGUUUGGAGAGAGUAUAUUGAAUGAUGCAGUGGCUAUUGUCCUUACAACGGCCGUUUUAGAUUCAAAUGAUCCUAUGAUGUCUACAACUGAAGCUAUUCUAUCAGCAAUUAACCGGUUUUGGUUAAUGUUCUUUGCCUCAGCUGGUAUUGGAGUACUGUUUGCACUUAUAAGUGCACUUCUUUUAAAACAUGUAGAUCUUCGUAAAAAUCCAUCUCUUGAAUUUGGUAUGAUGUUAGUGUUUACUUAUGCCCCAUAUGUAUUGGCUGAAGGUAUUCAUUUGUCAGGAAUAAUGGCAAUAUUGUUUUGUGGAAUAGUAAUGUCACACUAUACUCAUUUUAAUCUUUCAACUGUAACUCAAGUUACUAUGCAACAAACUAUGAGGACUCUAGCAUUUAUUGCUGAAACCUGUGUCUUUGCAUAUUUGGGAUUAGCUAUAUUCAGUUUCAGACAUCGUGUUGAGCCUGCAUUAGUAGUUUGGAGCAUUGUGCUAUGUUUACUUGGAAGAUCUGCAAAUAUUUUCCCUCUCGCCUUACUAUGCAACAAGUUUAGAGAGCACAAAAUAACCAAGAAAAUGAUGUUUAUAAUGUGGUUUAGUGGAUUACGAGGCGCCAUAUCUUACGCGUUAUCGCUUCAUCUGGAUUUCUCUGAUGAAACACGUCAUGUCAUUAUAACAACGACUCUUAUAAUCGUUUUGUUUACUACUUUAUUCUUUGGAGGUUCGACUAUGCCAUUAUUGAAAUUUCUACGAGCCAACAAGAAAGUAAAGCGUUCGAGGUCAUUGCGCAAACAGAAGGAAGUAAGCUUGUCGAAAACAAAGGAGUGGGGACAAACUAUUGACUCGGAGCAUUUGUCUGAAAUUACCGAAGAAGAACUUGAGGUUAAUUACUCUCAUGCAACAAGGCUUAAAGGCUUUGUAAGGUUGGAUAUGAAAUACUUAACACCAUUCUUUACGAGGAGAUUCACGCAUCAGGAACUGAAAGAUUGCAAGAGUCAAAUGACGGACCUUACAAAUCAAUGGUACCAAGCUAUCAGGAUAUCUAACGAUCACGAAACAGAUGAAGAUGAGAGCUUACAAGCAAAUUCCCUUUCUAACUCCCACACGAAUUUACAAAGAGGCGUAUAACCAAAAUGGCUAAAUUAAAAUAUUUAAAUACAAGUGCAAUAUCUUAUUGUUUAGCAUGUGUAUAUUGGUUAUAUAUAAGCUUUUCAUGUUUUAUUAAUGUGUACAUGUUAGCUAAUAGGCAGGGCCUAUUUUUAUUUGUUUGAGACAUUUAAAAUGUAAAAUUUUAAUCUUACAUGUAUGUGAUAAAGUAAUCUUUUUCAUAGUAUUAAUAUUUAUUAUAAAAUUGACAGUUAUUUAUCGACAUAAUUUUUUUUAUGUAAUUAAAAAUUACUAUUGCACAUUGUUCUCUCAAUUGAAAUGUUAAAUUGCUGCAGUUGUUACAAUUUUUAUAAUAUUAUAAUUAUAAAUAUUUGCCACAUUUUAAUUAGGAUUACAGUUAGUACAAUUUUAUCUCAUGUGAUAUUGAACUGGUUUUAGUCAAUAAUAGUGAUGAAUUACCAAAAUGUAUUAUUAAAUUAAAUUGCAUUGGCACAUAGACUUAUAGUCUUAGAAUCCAAAGCAAUGAUUGUGUUUUGGUUGUGUCAUAUUAAAGAUGUACUUAGUUAAUAUUUAUCAUUGUAUUUUUUAUCUAUAAUAUAGUUUUAAUUUUGUUCUAAACAAUACCCAAUGUAUUAUAUUUUGUGAGGUGUUUUAUAUCCAUAAUUAUAGGUUAUUAUUUUAAAUAUUGAAUUAAAAAUUCAAUGAUAGCAUGAGAUUUUUUUAUAAAUAUACCACACAAAAUACUUUAUAAUAUGAGAAUGUCUUAUUUUUUUGCUCAAAUAUAAAUGUAUAGAUAAUCUUAAAACAUUUUCUAUGAUAAUAUUUAAUAAUAUACUUUUUAAUUAUUGCCUUGAUACAACAAAGUAAAUAAACAAUUAUAUUCUCAACACAUUUAUGUUAUGAAUGUGAGUCCUUUUGGUCCAAUAAAUAUGAAAUUUGUUAAUAACUUGACCUUAGCGGAUCGGAUCCUAGCAUAGAUAUAUAAUAAUAGCAUUUGAAACAAUGUCCACAAAACUGUAAAAAAAAGAUUCAUUCGUUUUGUAUCCCAAUUGGUCAAGUAAUUCAAACGAUACAUGAUCAAUAUUACACCAACGAUUAUUAAAACACGAUUUUGUAGAAUUAAUUAAUACAUAAACAACUAUAUUUUUCUUAUGUAUAUAUAUAUAAGGUUCAUUUAAUUACAAAUUAAAUAAAUUUCGAAUGUCUAAACAAUGAUUCAAUCAUAGUAGUAUGUUUUAAAUUGAUACGUUAUAUAAGUCCAUAGAUGUUUAUUAAUGUAUAAUUUACUUGUUCGUAUAUGUAUAAGCUUCCAAUUGGGACAAAACUACAAUCAUCAUCAGGUCAAUUCAUGAUAACAAACCAGUCAUGGUUUCAUUUCAGACAAUGUUUCUGUGUUUGAGAUAUUUGUAAUUUUUUUUAAACUUUUUAAAAAAAGUUGUAAUUUAUUUAUCUUUUCAUAUAUCAGCUCUAAAUGUUUUAAUUUUUUAUUUCGUUAAAACUAUUAUCACUGUUAGUGAUAAUAAUUUUAACGAAAAACAAUGAGUUUUGCUAUUGUUGUUAUUCUAUAUAGUUAAGACUGUAAUCUACUGUCUGUGUAUAACACGUCUUAAAAAUGGCGUAAUUUAGUCUAAAUGUAUAAAAUGUAUUUAUAAAUUAGAUCAUUUUAACAUAUGUAUCGAAUAAAAUAUGACAUUGUUUUGAUUAUCAUAAGCUAGUUUGUCUUUCUAUUUUUAAGACACAUAAUUAUAAUGUACAGCUUGUAAGAUUUAUGUUUUAAUGAUUACAAUAUAUUUGUCUGCCUCGUUGAAGGAAGUUGUAAGUGAGUACACACCCAUGCUUUGGAUAGCUAGUAAAGCCGUCCUGCACUUGAACACCUUCCGGUCGUGUCGGAUUGCCGUCCCAUUGGAUUAUAAUUUUUAGGGAAUAGAGAGUUCACUUGUGUUUGCGAACACACUUGUACACUAUAAUAUGUCCUUCGCAGUUGGCUAUCCUUUUUUGAGAUAAGCCGCCGUGUCCGAAAUCGGUCUGGAGGACAUUAUAUUAUUAUCUUUCGUCUCAAUAUGCAAUAAUCCGGUAUUCACAAUUACCUUUGAACGAAACUGUAUUUUACUUUAGGGAAAUAAUAAAAUAAAUUCAUUUAUUUUAACUUCAGAUUUUAUUGCCAUUCAAUCAUAGUAUUACAUGGGGGUAUAUAGUAUUACUGGGUAUUACAUGGGGUAUAUAGUAUUACUGGGUAUUACAUGGGGGUAUAUAGUAUUACUGGGUAUUACAUGGGGGUGUCAAUACGUAAAUUAAAUAAUUGACUUGCCAAGUUAUGCUCUAAAAAUAUUGUUUAUACAAAUUUAUAAUGGCCUCUUUUAGGUUUUUUUUUAAGAUGACGGUGAUGUAUUUGUAGGGAAAGUGUUUCCAAAAAAUAU